AUGGAGAAAGAUGUACCUGAGCUUGUGUUGUAUAAGAACAAUCUGCAAGAGCACGCUCAGAAAUUAGAAUUGCCAUUCCCAGUUUACCAUACCACUAAUGAAGGAUUCCAUCAUGCACCAAAGUUUAGGUCAAGUGUGCUGGUUGAUGGAACAACUUAUGAGUCUAGGCUAACAUUUUCUCAUCGAAAAGAACCUGAGCGGGUGCUGCAAAAUUUGCUCUCGAGUGAAGUAGCGAAAAGCAGGAAAGAGGCAGAACAACUGGCAGCACAAACUGCAAUUCAGACACUUCUUGGAUGUGGAUCUGAUUCAGGAGUUCUUCGCCAGAUAAUCAAUUCCAAAGUCAAAUUAUGUAGUGCAAAUGCCAAAGCACCAAGGUGCAAGCAGAACAACUCGUCAGGUAAUUUAUUGCUGUUGCUAGAUUACUUAUUGAAGAUUGAGAAACCGCUUCCUGCUGGAAACGAAUGA